AGAAGAGAAGAUUGUGGUUGUGUUCAAUGUGUUCUCGAUUCCUCGAGUGAAUUCCAGAAACCCCUCCUCACCUCACCCGGACGUAUAAAUAUGCUGUAUCUCUGCUAGUUUCUUCUUUUAUAGUUUCUAGCUAUUGGAAAGAUAAUUCUCGCGCUUUAUUUCAUAUCUAUAUUUAGACGGUAAACUUUGCAGUCUCUUGAUUUGUGAAAAAUGGCAAGGGAGGGUCCAAAUUGGGAUGGCUUGCUUAAGUGGAGUCUCUCCCACUCAGAUGGUACUAAUUCUUCUCGUAAUUUAAGUGAGGAGGAUAGAAGAUGGUUCAUGGAGGCAAUGCAAGCGCAGACAGUUGAUGUUAUUAAACGAAUGAAAGAGAUAACGCUUGUUAUGCAGACCCCAGAGCAGGUUUUGGAGUCUCAGGGGGUAACUCCGCAAGAUAUUGAAGAUAUGUUGGAUGAGCUACAAGAACAUGUGGAGUCUAUUGAUAUGGCCAAUGAUCUUCAUUCUAUUGGUGGCCUGGUUCCUCUCCUUGGCUACCUGAAGAAUCCCCAUGCUAACAUCAGGGCAAAAGCUGCGGAGGUUGUUAGCACAAUUGUCCAGAACAAUCCCAAAAGUCAACAGUUGGUCAUGGAAGCUAAUGGUCUAGAACCCCUUUUGUCAAAUUUUACAUCAGAUCCUGAUGUUAUUGUUCGUACGAAAGCACUUGGUGCAAUCUCAUCCCUCAUCAGGCAUAAUAAGCCUGCAGUUGCUGCAUUUCGCUUGGCAAAUGGUUAUGCUGCUUUAAGAGACGCGUUGAGUUCUGAGAGUGCGAGAUUUCAGAGGAAAGCCCUUAACUUGAUCCAUUAUUUACUUCAUGAGAAUCAGGCAGACUGUGGUGUUGUAACUGAGCUUGGAUUUCCUCGCAUUUUCAUGCACCUUGCGUCAAGCGAGGAUGCUGAUGUACGUGAAGCUGCACUUAGGGGCCUUCUUGAGCUAGCUCGAGACAAGUCAGGCAAGGCUGAUAGUAGUACAAUUGAAGAAGAUGAUAAGAUGAAGCAGAUUCUACAAGAAAGGAUUAAAGGGAUAAGUGAGAUGUCUGCUGAAGAUCUGGGGGCUGCCAGAGAGGAAAGGCAACUUGUGGACUCCCUUUGGAACGUCUGCUACAAUGAACCAUCUGCACUUCGUGAGAAUGGGCUUCUUGUUCUCCCCGGAGAAGAUGCACCUCCACCAGAUGUUGCGAGCCAGCAUUUUGAGCCACCUCUGAGAGCUUGGGGUGCAAAUAGAAAUCCCAACACUAAACCAGGUAAUGAAAAGAAGGAAAAACAAUUAUUAAUAGGUCCAGCAGCCCCUGCUGGUGAUGCAUCCUAAUGCUGUUGUAGGAUUGGAGCAGCAUCAUACCCUAUUAUCAUGGUGUUCUUGUUUCUGUUAAAAAUCGUUGCUGUGGUCUGUACUAUUAUCAAGAUUUCAUAGGUCAACAAUAGCUUAUUCGAUUCUUCUUUCCCACAUGCAAAAUAUAUGCUGUGUUUCCUAUGCGGUUAUCAUGUCUAUAUAUGAAUAACUCGUGUUUUGAGCAAAUUCAUGUUAUGUUGGAUC